GCCAGCGAGCCGUCUCUCCUCUUCUUCCCUCCCUCCUCCUCCCCCUCGACCACCAUGGCCUCUCUCGCUCGGAUCCGCUCUGUUGUGCCCCGUCGGAUGCACCUCGCGCGGUCCAUCCAGACGGCGGCGGAUACCACCCAGCUGCACCAGGACGCGUCUCACUCUGAGCCGUUCACGGUCAAGCUCCAUGAGGACUCCUUCCGCGGGUACCGGACGGACGUCCCCAGCCUCGACGUCGAGGUCACCAAGGACGAGCUGCUCGCGUGGUACAAGCAGAUGACCCUCGUCCGUCGCGUAGAGCAGGCGGCCGACGCUCUCUACAAGCAAAAGCUCAUCCGCGGUUUCUGCCAUCUUGCUAUCGGUCAGGAAGCGAUCUCCGUCGGUAUCAACUCUGCCACGACGUUCGAGGACAAGAUCAUCUCGUCGUACCGCACGCAUCCCUUCGUCCUUCUCCGUGGAGGUACGCUUAAGAGCCUCGUCGGCGAGCUGCUCGGUCGCGUGUGCGGUGUCUCGAAGGGCAAGGGUGGAUCCAUGCACGUCUUCACCGAGGCCUUCCAGGGUGGUCAUGGUAUCGUCGGCGCGCAGGUCCCGCUCGGUGCGGGUCUCGCGUUCGCCCAGAAGUACAAGGGCAAAAAGACCGCCACUUUCGCCAUGUACGGUGACGGUGCGAGCAACCAGGGUCAGGUGUUUGAGUCGUACAACAUGGCCAAGCUCUGGAACCUGCCGUGCAUCUUCGUCUGCGAGAACAACAAGUACGGUAUGGGUACGCCCGCGGAGCGCAGCUCCUCGAACACGGAGUACUACACCCGUGGCGACAAGAUCCCCGGUAUCCAGGUGAACGGUAUGGACAUCAUCGCCGUCCACCAGGCAUCGAAGUGGGCGAAGGAGUGGGUCACCAGCGACAAGGGUCCCCUCUUGGUCGAGUUCGUUACCUACCGCUACGCCGGUCACUCCAUGUCCGACCCCGGCACCACCUACCGUACCCGUGAGGAGAUUCAGCGCAUGCGUUCGACGCAGGACCCUAUCCGUGGUCUCCAGCGCUACAUUUCCGAGUGGGGUCUUGCUUCGGAGGACGAUCUCAAGGCGGUUGACAAGGAGGCGAAGGCCGAGGUCGACGCCGCGGUUGAGGAGGCUAAGCAGUCCCCCUACCCUGAUGAGAAGGAGCUCUGGACCGACAUCUAUUCCGCCGGCACUGAGCCUCCCUUCAUGCGUGGCCGUGAGCGCGAGGAGGUCUUCCACUACUCGCAGCUUUGAGAGCGGGCGUGUCUUGGUUUGUUACUAGCUAUAUAGACUAAUACAUUACGCCGAUUGGGCUAUUGCUGUGUCUACUAGAGGGGGUCGAUAUCCAUGCAAAGUCCGGCCCGCUAUGAUACCUAUACGACCGACGUCAUCGUAUUCGAACCGGUGGGAUGGCUGAUAUUCUAUUGCAACUCAAGUCUGCGACGCGGCGCAUCACCCUACGAGGGCUUCACAGGGUUGAUAUUUAUUUCUGUCCCGUCGUCGCCGAUCACCUUGAAGCGCAAGAUCUGGAAGGGCUGCCCCUUUUCUCUCCGUAUGCUGGUGAAGUAGAGGGUCCCCGCGCCUUUGUGACCCUUCACCCGGAAACUCAAGUCAAUGUUUCCGCCUGGCAUGUGAACUGCGCCGCUAAUCCAAGGGUCGCCAUUCAUCCACCAGACGGGCUCGGGACGAAUAGCCUCGCCGAGCGCGGCGCGCAGCUCCGGGUUCUCGCGGAGGGUGUUCAUGAUCUGCUGCAUGACGGACGAGGAGAGCUUCUCCUGGUUCGUGACGAAGGUCAUGAACAGCCCCCAUGCGCUGAUACCCGCUACGCUGAGCGCGAGAAUGGCAGGCCAUUUGCUCUGGAGAGGGGGGAGGUCGCGCUCGCGCUGCGGCCGCGGGUAAUACAGACCAGGGCGCGCGGUCUUGUCGAACGUCUCAACUUGCGGGGCAUGUUUUUCAUGGUGGUCCUCCGAGGGCUUUGUCGAAUAGUGCGUCCGUAAUGAGGGCAAUGCGCGGAGGUGUUGUACACGGCGUGCGCGCACGGAAGCACGUAGGGGUACCCGGAGUGACAUCCUAGCCAGAAUUUAGCAGAAGCAAGACUUUCGCGAGACCUCAGAGACAGAGUCGUGGUAGAGAGGAAACAA